AUGCACUUCACUACCUUCCUCACUACCGUUGUCGCCGCUGGCAUGGCUUCUGCCACUACCUACAACGCUGCCGCUGUCAGCAGCAACAAGAACAUCAACAACUCCGCUCUCCAGGCCUCCAAGAGCGGCUUCGCUCUCAAGCUCAAGAGCCAGGGCGCCGUCUGCGACAGGGGCCUCACCGAGAACAAGGCCACAUUCAGCCUCAACAAGGAUGGCGAGCUCUACCUCUACACUUUCCAGAACUCCCAGGUUGCUUACGUCGACCGCUCCGGUAUGGGCCAGGGCAAGCUCGGCUACGCCACCAUUGCCGACAAGGGCCUCGUUAUCCCCAAGAACGGCGAGACAAAGGGCUGGAAGGUCGCUGCCAACGGUGACCUCACUUUCGCUGGCAAGGGCCUCAUCGCUUGCCCUUACGACGGUUCUUACACCCUCUGGGUCGAUGCUGGCGUCAAGAACCCUGGUGGCAACAGCAACUGCCAGGCUGUUACUAUUCGCGCCAAGAAGAAUGAUAAGGCCAUUACCUGUCAAUACUCCGUCUAA